AUGAUGUCGACAUUCGGAAGCGCCGUUGCGUCGUCUUCGCGCACUCUUCUGCGCACCAGCACCCGCCGCGUUGCACCUACCGCCGUGCGCGCGCUCUCGAGCUCCGUCGCUGUUCGCAACGCUACACCUGCAUCGGCACCCGCCUCAUCCGUGGAUGCCAAGAUCUCGACGAUCGUAGACCAGAUCGAAAAGCUCACUCUGCUCGAAGCCGCGGAUCUGGUGUCGCAUCUCAAGACGCGAUUGAACAUCACCGAGAUUGCUAUGCCCGCUGCUUCGGCUGCCGGUGCUGCUCCUGCUGCUGCCGGUGCCGGUGCAGCAGACGAGGUUGCAGAGGAGGCUGCAAAGCCAAAGGAGAAGACCGUGUUCACCUUGAAGCUGACCGGCUUGAAGGAUCCCACCGCAAAGGCUAAGGUCAUUAGGGAGGUCAAAGCGGCCAACUCGAAUAUGAACCUUGUCGAGGCAAAGAAGUUUGUCGAGUCGACACCUCAGGUGCUCAAGGAGGGUCUCAACAAGGAAGACGCCGAGAAGCUCAAGACCGCCAUCGAGGCUGCUGGUGGUACCGUCGAGCUCGAGUAA